CAUACCAGAACAGUGUGUGUGUGUGAUUCUUUGACACCGAAGGGACUACACGCAGCUGGCAACAUGCGUGCCGCCCACAUCGUGACUUGGCUGUUCUUCUGUCUGCCGUUGGUGCAAUGCGACGAGACUAUCACCAUCUUCCCUGAGUUGCUGAAGAUUGGAGAUGGCGUCAACUUUGACCAUGGACGCUGGAACGGCAAGAACGUCCUUGACAACACCCCUGAUAUUGCACGUGUCAAACAAAUAGGAGCAACGACGGCCAGAUGGGUUAAAGCCGAGGGUUCGGACGGUGUCUUUGAGCACGCAACGGAAAACCCCCACAGGAAGGGAUAUCCCGACCCUGCCUACUUCGAUUCCAAAAAAGGGCAAUUCGCACAAAAAUACUUGGCCAACAUGCAAGGAUACGGCCAACCGGAAAUGGUCAUGAUGACGUCAGGGAAGCUUUGGCCACACUGGAUAGACAAAUCCCACCACAAGGGGUUGUUUCCCAACAAUAUCGAUGCUGCUGCGGAGUUUGAGUAUCUUCUCAUUGACGCUGUAGACAAAGGAACCAAAGGAACCCUUCCAUUAUUCUUUGAAGUCAUCAACGAACCAGAUGGCAAGUAUGCCAGCACAAACUGGUCGACAUUCAUCUCAUACCACGAAGUGACAGCUAAGAAAAUCAAAUCGAAAUAUCCACAAAUCAGAGUGGGAGGGCCCACGUAUACAGGCGCAUCUUCUAAUUAUGACGCCAAUGGAUUCAGGGUCUGGAGCAAGAUGGCUGACUUCAUGGACAUGGCUCUGGAUCAUCUCGACUUUUUCUCCUUUCACUCCUACUCUGGCCUGGACGUUCACGGAGGUACCCACCAGUUCCAUGCCUCUGAAGCAAAGUUGUUUGGUCUUCUUGACCUUAUUGAGAGUUAUGCCCAUAAGAAGAAAGGAAAGACGUUCGAUGUUAUCAUCAGUGAAUAUGGCAUGGGAAGUAUAUCGGGGUUGGAUGAACAGAAACCAUCCCCUUUCAUUGACUGGGGCCAUAUCUAUCAACACAACGACCAAAUGUUUACCUUCCUUCAACGUCGUGAUGUGAUGAGAAAGGUUGUUGCUUUCUUGCUGACCUACACUGAGCUUAAAGGACAAGCAAGCAUCAACUACAGUUUGUUUGACAGGCACAGGAACGUAAGGGAUGUUGCUGAUGCUUUCAAGUUCUGGAUGAACUUCCGCAAUGCGAUGAUGUUUUUGAGGGUGGACAGUCAGUUCCACAAUACUGAGAGGAACAUUGUGCCUCACAUCCUACUGGACAAAUCUUCAGGAACUGUUUAUAUCCUUCUUCACAACCACGACCAAAAGCCCACGCACGUGAAACUAAAUUUCGACAAAGGUUGGCUCCAUCCGACAAGUGGAAAGUCCACCUGUGAAUAUCUGAACUCACAGAAGAAACCAACUCUAGAUACAGACAAACCAGUUCACGUCACGAACUCCAUGGUAACCGUUCCUGCUGAAGCGAGUUGUUACUUCCAGUUCCACACAACCCACAACUUUGCCCAUGCUCCGACUGUGACCCAGAACACCUACUUCUCCCCCGACAUGGUUGUCCCCAUUCACAACACCGUCGUCGAUGUUAAAGUAAACGUCCCGAGCAUUGGCAACAUUGAUUUUGUUCGUCUGAGGAUCAGUCUCAGCAGAGACAGCAAGGCCACUCACGGACCUCCAAAGACGAUCAUGAUGAACAAUCACCCCUUGACCUCCUUCUACUCCCUCCAGGCUGGCCAUUCCAGUUCCACGGUGUUUGAGACCUACGAGUAUGACGUCCCUGCGAGCAUCGUACGACAGCACAGCAACGAUGUUAAGAUUACCUUUGUUCACACUGGAGGCUUUGUGUCUACCGUCGCAUUGGUGGUAGGCAGGCACUGAAUUAUUUGUCAAUGGUCAGAGAGAGAAUUCACGAUAAACAUAAUUAUGACGAUGACCUUUGAAGCUAAAAACCUCAAACAAUUAACAAAGUCAUCCUUUAUUCUUCAAGGUAAUGCAUUCGAGACAAAACAAUUCCAACCACUGUAUGUAUGAAUAAAGUCAGAGGUGAAAAUGUU